AAAAAAAAAUUCAGGGAAGACUAGCUUGAUAAUGACUCAUUGUAGUGUUACUUUUUCUUGUUCUGCCACCGAAACAUUUUGGUGAACAAGCUGAAAAUUCUUAACAGAGGCAGCUGUAACUAACACGUCCUUUGAAAUUUAGGCACCGUAAACCACCACCAGCCACAACCCAAAAACCCCACGACAAAUCAGAACCCACAAUCACCCCCCAAAGCAAAUCCACCACCACCGAAAACCCACAGCAAACCAGACUCCACCACCGGCGACCCACAACCACGCUGCCUGAGAGAGGAGAGACUGGCAGUUAAAGAGUGUGUCAAAGGAGAGUGGUUUGGGUUGGAGAGAGAGAGAGAGAGCAGAGACUCGAGAAGAGAGAGAGGUCAGAGAAAUUUGGAGAAAAUGUGUAACGUGAUAAACAGACAGUGUUAGGGACCAAAUUGGUCAAUUUUGAAAUAUUUUGGAUCUAGUUGGUAAUAGCCGAAACUUUGGGGGUAUAAGAUUUAUCGUCUUUUCUGUUUUUGUGUCGGUACUCUGAAAGCAUUUACAGCAUUCGCAAUAUAAAACACUUCCACUCAGUCACUCAACGCAUUUUUCCAGUCAGAUCUUUCGUUUGGUUGCUGAGAAAAUAUUUGAAAUUGUCAUCUGGGUCCAGAUGGAAUCAUCAGCACUGCUCUUUAACCAGCUCAAGGCAGCUGACCCGUUUUUCUUGUUAGCUGGUCCCAAUGUGAUUGAAUCCGAGGAGCAUAUUUUUCGAAUGGCUAAGCACAUUAAGACUAUUGCAGCAAAAGUUGGGUUGCCAUUGGUUUUCAAGUCAAGCUUUGACAAAGCUAACAGAACAUCUUCAAAAUCAUUUCGGGGUCCUGGAAUGGUUGAAGGCUUAAAGAUGCUUGAGAAGGUUAAAUUGGCGUAUGACAUCCCUAUAGUGACUGAUGUGCACGAAACAAUCCAGUGUGAAGCAGUUGGAAGAGUAGCAGAUAUUAUUCAGAUUCCAGCAUUUUUAUGUCGUCAGACAGAUCUUCUAGUUGCGGCAGCCAAGACGGGGAAAAUUGUCAAUAUCAAGAAAGGCCAGUUCUGUGCUCCUUCUGUCAUGGUAAAUUCUGCAGAGAAAAUUAGAUUGGCUGGAAAUCCAAAUGUGAUGGUUUGUGAGAGAGGCACUAUGUUUGGCUAUAAUGAUUUGAUUGUUGAUCCGCGCAAUUUCGAAUGGAUGAGAGAAGCCAAUUCUCCUGUUGUAGCUGAUGUCACACAUGCGUUACAACAGCCUGCUGGGAAAAAGUUGGAUGGUGGAGGUGUUGCUAGUGGUGGUCUUCGUGAAUUAAUCCCAUGCAUUGCAAGGACAGCAGUUGCUGUUGGAGUUGAUGGAAUUUUCAUGGAGGUGCAUGAUGAUCCUUUGAAUGCACCUGUUGAUGGUCCCACCCAAUGGCCUCUGCGCAAUUUGGAAGAACUGCUGGAGGAGCUUGUGGCAAUUGCUAGAGUAAGCAAGGGGAAGCAACAUUUGAACAUUGAUCUCACGCCAUUCCGUGAUUAGGAAGAUUGGCUUCUCUCAAGGAUCUCUCUUCUAGAUUUGGAAUUUAGAACCAGAACAAGCAUGAACUAGAAAAUAUGGAGUAUGGAGUUUCUUGGCCGCUUCUUGUGAGAAAUCAUCUCUAUAUAUGUGGCCGACCCUAACUAGUAUGUUGAGAAUCCAUAACUAACCCCAAAAUUUUGGGACUAAAGCUUGGUUGUUGUUGCUUUUGGUUUUGGUUUUUACUGCCAAAGUCAAUAUGAGAAGUAAUUAAAUUAUGCUUGUCGUCCCUUCUAAGAAAAAUCUUCUUGAUAUGAAAUACAAAUUUUGAUUAUACAAAA